AUUAGGGUAGACUCCGCACGAGACAUUGGGAGUGGAAAACAAGCCGAUGGUCGCCAGAAAGACAAGAAGUCAGCCAUGACAACACCCAGCCCGUCUUCAGCCAACAAUGGCUCUUCUAGGGCAGGACGAGCCAUCCAAGCUCUCCCCUUACUCUUCCUCUCCGUCCUAGCCUUCUACAACAUGGACAUCCUGCACCUCAUGCUCGCCCCGAACCCCAUCCAGGACGGGAAAAUCACCUACAGCCCGACCAGGUCCGUAACACUUCCCGAGAAAUUUCACCUCAUCCCCGGUGUGGAUCCGGUGAUUAGGAAUGUGGUGACGGGAUUUGCGCCGUCGACAUUGGAAGAGGAUAAGCCGAGUGCGUGGCAGAUGGUUGUGUUUCUGAGUGAUUGUGGGUUGUUGCAUUUGUUGUGGUGCUUGGAGGGGGAGAGGGGGGCGAGUAGAGGGGGACCGGCGGGAUUCCCCACACUCUUCCAAACCCUCGCCCAGCUCGUCGGCGGUGGAACCACCUUACCAAUCGUUUACUUCCUCUCGCACGUCUUCCGCAGCCCCCUACCAGCCCGACCCACCUACUCCAUCCGCAUCAACACACACCACGCUUUCAUAUACACCUUCCUUCUCCUCCCCCUCCACAGCCUCCCCGUCUGGCUCAUGUACCACGCCUCCACCCUGCAGGACCGCCACUGGUGGACCUGGCUGUGGCAAUUGUACCCCGUGCGCGUGAGCCUGGGAUACUAUAUUCUCAGAACGUUAUUCGAAACUCGAGGUAGGAAGCAGGCCUCGACGGCGACUGCAUCAAAACCGAACAGUAUCCACCACAGCAACCACUACCACCGACAUCUCCUCCUAGCGCUCCUACCCCUCAUAGCCAUCUCCGCCGGCCUAUGGCUCCACACGCUCCUCGCCUCGUCCUACUCGCUGUACGAAAUCUUCUACCCCUCCCCGCUGCCUGAUGAGCUACUCGGCACGUUCACGGGCCAGAUGCAAGUGCUGCUCAAGUGGGAUUACAUUUUCGUGGUCGCGAGUUCGUUGCUCUGGUGGGGGUAUGAGAUGUGGGAUUUGAAGAGGGUGGGGAGGGUCACGGCGAGGGGGAUAGCGGUGUUGGUGGUUAUGUGGGUGGGGAUGGGGAUGGUGUUGGGGCCGGCGGUGGGGGUUGCGGUGGUUUGGUUGGUGAGGGAGUGGUAUUUGGUUGGGGGGAGUGGGCCUGGGACGGAGGGUUUUGAGAAGGGGAAGGAGGGGAGAUGAGGUUUGAGAGUGUGUGAAGGAAGCGGAGUGGAAGUUGGGUUUGCUGGUGGCUGCGUUGGGAGUGGAUGGUACAGGUUGGGCGGUGGAUGUUGGACCAUGAGAGAGAGAUUUUUUUGGGGAUAGGGACACGGGAGAAACUGCGAGCACCGUUGCGAAAACCGAGAUAUCCUCACCGGUUGUCGAACUUGCAUCCGUUGCUAUUUCUGUCUCUCAUAUAUGAAGAGAACAGUACUAAAGCCAUCCGGACCGCCUUUGCAUAGAGUACCUGGAAAUUAUCAUCACCUAUUUCGCCCAAGGAGAAGAAUUUCGGCAAACGGGG